UUAAAUUCAAAGAUUUGACGUCACUGUCAAAUUGACACAGAUAAUAAAAAAUAUGAAUUAAAAAUUAAACUGGGACAAUUUUAACAAUAUUUUAAUGAAAAUUAAUUAAUAAAUCGAAAUAUCUUCAAUCAUUGUCAAAAAAUUGUACUUGGAAGUGUUUAAAAUAAUGAAAAGUUUGUAUAAAUCGUGGGUAGGGUGAGCGAGUCUCAUCCAAAUAAAAAUGGACCCCUUGGAGUACAUAGAGACCUUCAUGAGUUCUAUACAGGAGUACAGAUGGCUCAUAGACGUCGCCAACGACUGCUACCCGAUCGCUAUAAUGGCUAAAAUACAUACAGCGUGAACAAAAUGAUAUCCGAACAAGAUAGUCGAAGACUUAGCAAAAGUAUUGCGUCCAAGGACAGCGCAGGUAGGUGCUCGAGGAUAUCGCACUCCGUGUUGGGGAACAGGUCAGACAGUGUAGAGUACAGUAAUCUAUCUUCAAACACGUUUACGUCGAUUGUGGAAGCGAACAGAUCCGAAAUUGAUGGUGCCACCAGCAACACCCUGAACAUGAUCAGCACGCCCUGGACUACAGAGAGCGGCUACUCAUACUCAGACCUAUCAGGAUCCAGGAAGUUGUCAAAGUCUUCACGUGUGUCAUGGACUAACGAGUUCACCUCCAGCUUCGUCGCAAAAACUAGCACCUCCAUCGCGAGCGACUGGCACACGGCUACUGAGCGAUCCUUCAGUAAGACCACCCUGCCUGUACCUAUGUUUAGUUUCUUACCGACACGGCAAUGCCGCCGGUGGAAGGUAUCUCCGGAGAGCUCAUGUAGCACAGACAGCUCCUGGACGCUGAGGACGUUUACAAGCACGAGUCGGUCUUCUCCAGUGUACAACCAACCGCUCAUCAGGGUGAAGUACCCGUGGAGCCCCGACACGGUGUGCAGCGGCCCCGACGAGUACCCCAGCAGCCUGGACACGCUCGCGUCUAGGAAGGGAAGCCGCGUCGACAUAACGACAUCCCUCGCAGAAGAAAUAUUCUACCCGAUGAACUACAUCAGACUGACGCAUAGUUUCGACGAAACCCAAGUAAUAGACUGGACACGAACCAAACGAAUCGGAUUCCCAAUACCCUCCACAGCCAACUUAAUAGACGCCAAGGUUUGAAAAAAAAUUGCAAAAACGAUUAAAAAAUUUAUUACCAACAAAA